UAGUGACGGUGGAAGUAGUAAUAAAAAGUCAUUAUUUCCAUAUUCUAGUUUUAUAGAUAAAUUGGUAAUUGAAGAAUUGGAGUUUGAAUCAAGAAUAUGCAUUGAUAUAGGGUUGAUUGGAUUUAUAGCAGAAAAAUGUGUAAAUUUAAAAGAAUUGUCUUUGGGAUUGUCUAAUAAACAAAGAAAAAAAUAUGAAUUGCCACUACAUUUACUUGUUGCAUAUAACUCCAAAGAAUCAUUACUUUCAGUCAGAAUAAUAAGCACUGAUCAAUUGUUAUUAGAAUCCAAUAUCAAAGAUCCAUCAAUAAUAGUAGAAUAUUUUGGAAAAUAUUGUAAAAAUCUUAGAAAUUUUGAUUUUGCCACGGAACGUUUACCGAUUAAUGAAUCGGCAGUUAAUACGUUAUCAACGGGAUGUCCAAAAUUGAAUGCGCUUGAUAUACCAGCACAUGGUAAAUCGAUAUUGAUUUUACCUCGAUUUAAGUCUUUAACAUCUGUUCAUUUAUCGUACGAGUUGAAAGGAGAAGAGCUUGAUUUGUUAGGUAGGAACGAUGAAGAAAAUGAUAAUGAAAUGAUAAGCUUGAAAGAUUUAUCGAUUGAGUGUAUCAAAAGUCGGAGCAAUUUUGAAUUUUUGAAGUUAUUUCCAAACUUAGAAUCCUUGGAGAUAGGAACAUUUGAUGAGUUGGAUGAAUUGGUUUUGAAAAAUAUUGUAAAAUCAAAAAAAGUGAUAAAAUUAAAAUUAGUCAAAACGCCGAAAAUAACAGACAAAUGUUUAUUAUUAAUUGCGUCAAUGAGUCAGCUAGAAAAAUUUUCAAUUGAGAAUCGAUUGAACGAGGUGAGCAAACAAGGAUGGAUAAAUUUGGUUGUUAGGCCACCAGGAGUUUGUAGUUGGAAGGAGUUGUUGAUAUAUGAUAGUAGGGAGAUUGGACCAGAAUUUUUCGAGAUUCUAGAGAGAGAUCAUCACGGUUUAAAAAGUUUAACUAUCAGAAACGAUAAGAAGAAUCUGCUUGAAAAUAAUAAAAGAGUAUUUGAUGGUAAAUUCAAAGAAUCAUGGGAAGCUUGUAAAAAAAAUUCUUCUUUGUUUCGAUGGCCUAAACCAGAAAGAAAGAAAAAGGAUUUCAAAAUGGGUGAUUUCAAAGAUGUUUAUUGA